AUGACUCCAGUGCGGCUGUAUAUGAUGGGGAGCAGGGACCCACUGGGUCACGUGACUUCUCAGUGGUGGGCCUCCUCAUUUCUCUUCAGCAUCGUGGACGUCGGUGGCCAGAAGUCAGAACGUAAGAAAUGGAUCCACUGUUUUGAGAAUGUGAUUGCCCUCAUCUAUCUGGCCUCCCUGAGCGAGUAUGACCAGUGCCUGGAGGAGAACGAUCAGGAGAACCGCAUGAAGGAGAGCCUCGCUCUGUUCAGCACGAUCCUGGAACUGCCCUGGUUCCAGAGCACCUCUGUCAUCCUCUUCCUCAACAAGACGGACAUCUUGGAGGAUAAGAUCCACACCUCCCACCUCGCCACAUACUUCCCCAGCUUCCAGGGACCUCGGCGGGACGCAGAGGCCGCCAAGCGCUUCAUCUUGGACAUGUACGCGCACGUGUACGCGAGCUGCGCAGAGCCCCACGACGGCGGCAGGAAGGGCUCCCGCGCGCGCCGCCUCUUCGCACACUUCACCUGUGCCACGGACACGCACAGCGUCCGCAGCGUGUUCAAGGACGUGCGGGACUCGGUGCUGGCCCGGUACCUGGACGAGAUCAACCUGCUGUGA